UAUUGAUCGAAUUAAUGCAAUGGCACAACCUGCCAGAAUUCCAGUAAUUGAUUUUUCUAAUCCAAGUGAGUCUCGAGAUAAACUUGCCAAAGAAAUUGUUGAUGCACUUCAAACUGUGGGUUUUCUCUUCCUUGAUAAUGUUGCUGGUUUUGAUCGUGAAACGAUCGAGCAAGCUGCAAAAUGGUUCUACAAUUUACCAGAGAGCAGCAAAUAUUCUUUGGCAACCAAGAGUUUCAAUCCCCAAAACAAGAAUAUAUAUCGAGGAUAUUUCCCAGCAGAUGCACAAGACUCGAAUUACAAGGAAGGUUAUGAAAUAACCGAGGAAUUAAACGAUGAAGAAUGUUCUCGAAUUGGAUUCCCAUUGUAUGAACCAAAUCGUUGGCCGUCCGCAGGAGAAGAAGAAACCAAGUGGUUUAGAAGUGUUGUUUAUAAUCAUUACUUGUUGAUGCACAACACAGCACUGGAAGUGAGCCGUUUAAUUGCACGUGGUUUUGGUGCAGAUGAAAGCUGGUUUGACAAUAUGUUUUCUCCCUAUCCAUUAUCAACUCUUCGCAUUGUCAACUACCCUAUCCGUCCACAACCUAUCCCUGAUUGCGCUCGUGAUGGUGAAUACAUACUCCACUGUGGAGGUCACACUGACACACCGUUUAUAACGUUACUUGCAACGUUUGAUUAUCCCGGAUUGCAAAUUCAAGAUGAAAACGAGCAAUGGCUAGAUGUACCAGUACGAAGCAACUCAUUGGUUCUCAAUAUUGGUGAUGUCUUGUCGGAAGUGACAGGAAGACACUUGAAAGCUACCAGACAUCGGGUGGUUGACAUGGGACGUCAUCGACAGUCUGUUCCGUAUUUCCUUGAACCUCGUUUUGAUGUGAAUAUCAACAGAAAUAUUGUCGACCCAGAUGAAAUCCAGGAUGAGAAAGAAGUACAAUACGGGCCAUGGCUUCUGCAGAAUUUUAAAAACAAAGGCUACGUAGAAUAUAAAGAUUUAUUGAAAUGA